AUGGAGACGACGUGCAUCUCUCUGAUCGUUCUGCUCGGUUUGUGCUGCUCUUCUCAGGAGAGAAGGUCUGAGGAGGCUGUGCUGAGGAUCGUCCGACUGGGAGACAAUAUUACCCUGCACUGUGAUGUCAAAUAUGAGUUUGAUACCUUCUGGUACAGAGAAUGCUCUCAUGAGAACCAGCCUCCACUGAAACUGUCUGGGCUAGACCAUGAACGCAAUUCUCAUCCUCGAUACAUUUUUGUGUGGAACUCCUUGUCAGUUUCAUAUAGCCUGUCAAUUAAUAACAUCACAGAGUCUGACCUGGGACUUUACUAUUGUUCCACAAAAUAUCUCAAAGAUUUCACUGGAUCUAAAGAACACAUCUAUAUUGAUGAUAUGUACCAUUUUGGAAAUAUGAGCAUUAGACUUAUGACUGAAGGUGGGCCCACAUGUGCCACCAACCAGGAAACUGGGUUUAUCCCUAUGGUCACCCUAUCGGUAGCUCUGCUCUGCAUCCUCAUCUCUGCACGCGUGUACUGGCUGGGAAAAAAUACACAGAGGAGCUUGGGGGCGGCAGCUGGCAGGAAUCUCUACAUCCACGCAGAAAGUACAGCAGCGUUCCGGCCGCAGGUUAAAUUCGACUAUCUGUUCAGCCGUUUUUGUUUGCAUCUGCCUGUUAACACCAAUGACUGUUAUUGUCUCCUUCUGAGUGUCUGCAUUGUGGCCGACACGGGUUGACAGACGUGCACAGACCUACACGCGUGUACCCAGACACAGG